AACGUGUUAUUUUUAAAAUAAUAAUAAUAAUAAUAAUAAUAAUAAUAAUAAUAAUUCGAAAGCGUUUCUGGAUUUUUAAAAUUUACAGCGAAAAAAACAACCAAGUACGUCACGUCGUAUUCUGCAUCUUCGUCACGUACGUAGCUGUCACUGAACAGAGAUGGCGAGCCCCAAGUGAUUUCGCGUCCCGCUGUUGUUUUGAAUAAAUGAAGCCGCUGUCUGCGUGGACAACCGUAUACGAUGGAGGAGCCUUGGAAUUUCGAGUUCGUGUCUCGCAUCGCUGACUGUUGCUUGUCCUUCCUUUCCGAAUUCGUGAACGACUGGCUCGCUAACGACAUGCGAGUUUCCAUCUUCAAAAUCCUGUUAAGUUGGCUCAUAUUAAGCCUCAUCGCCAUUCACUUCGCAUGGAAAGUCUACGGGAAUACAGUGAACGACAUGUAUUACCGACAAGGUUCGGGUCAGAAUGGUGGAACCCCCGAAAGUACAGCUGACCUGAGAGGAUGGGAAAGAGCCACAGGUGAUACCCCCAAACCUCACAGAGACUAAAAGGAUCUUGGAAGCUACAUUGCUUCUGGGAGUAUCUCAUGAAUAAACAUUGUAAAGUUAUGUAUUUAAUAACAAAGUUGACGUUGAGGCUGGAUGAGAAACGCGCCUGGACUUGAGGAACCUGCUGGAUAUUUCCAUUCUCCUUGACACACCCCCUAAUCAGCCUCCGUUCUGGAUCUUUCACACGAUGGCCUCAUUAAUGGGAACCGGCCCGGAUGCUUGAGCAAGCUGUUAAGCACUGAUGGUUUUGUAAUUCAGUACUUUAUAUUCUUUGCUUUGGACAUGAAUAAA